AUGUCAGGCUCUCCGCCCAUUCCGCCGCAGGCGCCACCGACGUGGACCUACACGCCCGAGCAUGUGGUCGCCCGCGCGCAGGAUGCGAUCGCGCAAAAGAAAGCGGUCAACGAUCGCAUCGCUGCGCUUGCGGAUCACGAGUGCACAUUUGAUUCGAUCCCCAUCGCUCUCGCCGAAGGCCUCCUCGACAGCAUCGUCGAUCCCCUUUGCUUCCUACAACAUGCAGCCCCAAACGAGGCACUGCGCACCGCCUCCGCCGAAGCGAGCACGCUCGUGAGCGACUUCAAGGCGGAGCAGUAUAUGCGCCCCGAGCUCUUCCGCGCUGUCACCUCCGCACACGACCACCUGAAGUCGUCGGGCGCCUGGGAUAAGCUGGGUUCGGAAGAGAGGAGAUUGAUUGAGCGGAUGGUGCUCGAUGGAAGGAGAGAGGGGCUGGGGCUGGACGAGGAGGGAAGAGAUGCUCUGAAAGCGAUGAGGAAGGAGGAGAGGCGGGCGAGCAUGACGUUUUUGAAAAACUAUAGCCAAUCUACUGCAUCCAUUGAAUUCACCACUCGAGACCUCGACGGCGUCCCGGAGGACGUCCUUUCUGGAUACCCCACCAAAGACACCGACGUGGGCAAAGUCCACAUCAUCACGUUCAAGAACUCCGAUAUCCUUCCCGUUCUCAAGUUUGCACAUUCACCCGAGACGCGCAGACGUGUGCAGGAAGGCAUGGACUCGUACAUACCCGAAAACGAGGCUCUCUUUGAGGAGGUGAUCAAGCUCCGCCGCGACAUGGCGCGUGUGCUCGGGUACAAGUGCUGGGCGGACUAUGUGCUCGAGGUGAUGAUGAUCAAAGGGAGCGAGAAGGCAUGGGCGUAUAUGCAAGACCUCGAGGCGAAGCUGCUUCCUUUCGGCCAGAGGGAUCGCGAGCGAUUCCUCGAGCUCAAGAAGGAGGAGCAUGAAAAGCGGGGAUAUCCGUUUGAUGGCGAGCUGUACAUAUGGGACUACUGGUACUACGAUCGACUCUCCGUUGAACGGUCGCUCAAGCUCGAUGAAGGCACUGUUCGAGAGUAUUUCCCGGUCGAAAACACGAUCAGUGCCAUUCUUGACAUCUAUCAGGACCUUCUCGGGCUGAAAUUUGUCGAGGCAGGGUACGGAGAGGCCGACGUUUGGUAUCCAGGCGUUAGGCAGUUCGCGGCGUGGGAUAGGACUUCCGACGGCGGCAUCGACGAGUCGAGCUUUGUCGGUUACUUUUACAUCGAUCCUUACCCUCGGCCGUCCAAAUUCCCGCACGCAGCCGUCUGGUCGCUGCUCCCCGGCUGCUCCCUGACGCCUACGCAGCGCGUAUAUCCAGUCGCGGCGCUGCUCGCCAACUUCCCGCGCGAGACGCCGAGCGUGCCCGCGCUGAUGCGACAUGCGGAGGUGGUCACGCUCUUCCACGAGAUGGGGCAUGUGUUUCACAAUAUCCUGAGUCGGACGCGGUUCGCAAGGUUCCACGGGACGUCGGUGAGCAGGGACUUUGUGGAGACACCGAGCAAGAUGUUGGAGUAUUGGUGCUGGGAGCCCAAGGUGCUGAAACGCAUCUCUAGCCAUUACUUGACGAAGGAUCCGAUGCCUGAUUCGCUCAUCGACAAGAUUGUUCAAAGUCGAUAUGUCAACUUCGGUUUCCUCUUCCUCCGUCGUCAAUUCUUCGCCAAUUUCGACAUGAAGGUCCAUUCUGAUCCUGACAUCGACGAUUUUACGAAGCUCUGGCAAGAGACGCGUGAGAACACUACACUUGUCAAGGGUGGCGGGCAGCCCGGGUAUAUCGCGUUCCCGCACAUCAUGGGCGGGCAGGAUGCCACUACUUACGGAUACACGUACUCCCUCGUGUUCGCGUCGGACAUGUACAAUACCAUGUUUAAAGAGGAUCCGCUGGACCCCGAGAAGGGCAGGAGAUACAGAGAGAAGGUGCUGCUGCCUGGUUCGACGAAGGAUGAAGAGGAACUGCUUGCUGACUUCUUGGGGCGGCCUGCGAAUGCUGAGGCGUUCUCGCAUGAGCUGUUUAGUCAGUCAGCCUGA